AAAAUAUACAACAUUCAUUCUAUUUCCCAAAAUCAAUCAUUAGCCUCUCCAGAAAAACAAAUAUAGUAUACAGUGAAUUGGGUUUAAUUUAGAGAUGAGUUCAGUGAGUUUUCUGGGUUUAAUAAUAGUGGGAAUAUUUAUAUUAAUUCCCAAUAUUAUUUCAACAAGUUGCAAUAUCGAAAGCGACGAAAAGAAGUUAAGAUUCAACAAAAAUGGAGAAUUCAAAAUACUUCAAAUCUCAGAUAUGCACUAUGCCAAUGGCAAGGACACUCCUUGUAGUGACGUCUUGCCCUCUCAACUCCAAACGUGCUCCGAUCUCAACACCACUGAUUAUCUCCGUCGUUUCAUCCAAACUGAAAACCCAGACCUCGUUGUUUUCACUGGCGACAAUGUUCAUUCAACAGAUGCCUAUAACUACAAUAGAUCCAUGGACGAGGUAUUUGCGCCCGCAAUAGAGUCAAACAUCCCAUGGACUGCUAUACUUGGAAAUCACGACGUGAAUGUACUUCAAACUGGAAUCCCAAGACAAGCUGUGAUGGAAUACAUUGUGGGAAUGAAGAAUACAUUAUCCCUUCUCAAUCCUUCAAAUCUUGAAGAAGAUGAGUUGAUUUGGGGAUGGGGUAAUUACAACUUGGAGGUAGCCGGUAUUAAAGGCUCCCCUUUUGAGAACAAGUCUGUCUUAAAUCUUUAUCUACUUGAUACUGGUGAUUACACCUACAGCUUUACUCCCACUUUUUACCUUGGCUAUGAGUGGAUCCAACCAUCUCAACAAUCUUGGUUUCUUCGCACUUCUAAACAACUUCAGGAAACUUAUAUGAGCGCACCACAACCCCAACCCCAACAAGGACCAGCUCCAGGGUUGGUAUUCUUCCAUAUCCCUAUACCUGAAUUCAACAACAUCAGCAAAUCAGAUAUGGUGGGUGUGAAACAAGAGAAUGUGAUAUGCCCAGGUGUAAAUUCAGGGUUUUUUGACACAAUGCUUGCAGCAGGGGAUAUUAAGGCUGCUUUUGUAGGACAUGGUCAUACCAAUGACUAUUGUGGUAAGCUUUGUGAUAUACAACUUUGUUAUGAUGCUGGAUUCGGGUACCAUGGAUAUGGGAUUGCUGGUUGGCCCAGGAGAGCCAGAGUAAUCAAUGUUAAGUUGGAUAAAACUCAAGAUGGUAAUUGGGGUCCUGUUAACUCUAUUGUUACCUGGAAGCGACUUCAUGAUGAUCGUCUCACAAUUAUAGAUCCUGAAGUCCUUUGGACCUCUGCUGGUCGAGAUCAAUCUAAAUCUGUUUUCAAACCGAUUAUGAGUGAAUAAGUUGUGUAAGCCUAUUUGCUGAUACUGAUGGAAAUAUCCUUGGAGACGGAUCAGGCGGAUCGCCACGAUUUUUAGCUAUUCCAGUUAAGAUAAAAGAGCAGCAUGGCAUUUCAAGUCUUUUUAAAAUGGGGUUAGCUUAGCUAGUAGAAUGCAUAGAGAGUAUAGUUUGGCCUAUGCAUAGGCGGAUUGGCCAACAUCAGGCCUUCUUGCUAUAUUUGUAAUGCUGGAUUGAUGUUGUUAUGGGAAGUACUACUCUGUACUCUCUAUUGUUUUACACUUGUUUUGUUUUGUAUUUCUAAACCAAUGUCGUAAUUUAUACUCUAUCAUUUCCUGAAAAUUUUAGGGGGUUUUAUUCGA